CGCCGAGACGCGCGCGACACUUUGCACCUGGUGCUUGACCACGCUGUAUCGCCUCUGUGAUCCAGCUUCUCUGCGCAUUUAGAAUUUGUACUCAACAAUCAUGGAAUAGAAACAUACCUUCGGCGUCUCAUGGGCUAGAAAUUACAGACGGCCUUUCCGAGGAAGAACUACAUCAUGGCCAAUCCUCAACCCGACGACCCCUUCCUCGAAGUCCAAACAGACGUCCAAUCGACCCUCCAAGCCACCCGCCACCUCUUCUCCUCGUACCUGCGCAUCCGCACGCUCUCCACAUCCGCAACGUCGCCCGAACUCCAGCAAUCCCGCGCCGAUCUGCGCUCGAACCUUGAGACUCUGACCUCGGACCUUGCAGACCUCCUCGAGGCCGUGUCGGCGGUCGAGUCUGACCCGUAUCGCUUCGGCUUGGACGUCGCCGAGGUCCAGCGGCGGCGGCAAUUCGUCAAAGAUGUCGGCAAUGAAGUCGAGGGUAUGCGCCACGAGCUGGAAGGCGUGACGGCAGACACGCACAUUGCGGGCGGCGUCCCCGGGAAGUUACCUGCGCCAGCGGCAUUCGAGGACCAAGAAGGCGGCUACGGCGACGACGACGACCCCUACGGAGAGUUUGAAGCGCAGCAACAAGCGACCAUGAUGGCCGAGCAGGACGAGCAGCUUGACGGCGUGUUUCAGUCUGUCGGCGUGCUGCGCGGGCAGGCGGAGGAUAUGGGCCGGGAGCUGGAAGAGCAGGGUCACAUGCUUGAUGAGGUGGACACGCUGGCAGACAGAGUGGGUGGGAAGCUGAAUGUCGGCGUGAAGAAGGUAGGCGAGGUCAUCCGCAAGAACGAGGAUAGUGUGAGUAGUUGCUGCAUUGCGGUUUUGAUCGUGGUUUUGAUUAUACUGUUGAUCUUGGUUAUUGUGCUAUGAAGAGAGAGCCCCGUUGGAGGGCUACCGGACGAGAACGAAGUCAAACAGAAAACUUAGGGACGGCGUAUUCAGAGCAAGGAGAUGGCUGCAUAUACGUUACAGGCGCAGAGCGACGGAAAGGGGCUGUGUCAUGCGCGGCCAACCAUAGAGCGAUGGAUGGCGGACAACGAGCAAGACAGAGUGAUAAUCAUUUGACCCAGCUAUCUGUCACAAAGAGGUGGACAAAUUUUGGUCUCGUCUGGUGAUGGUACAUGUCGACAUAUCCGAAAAAGGCAUUACAGAAAACAGAAGCUCAGUUCUUGCGCUGCCGCUUGUUCGGUCUGGCUUCCUCGGCGGUCACCAGCUCCGGAGCAUCCUCCUCAUCUUCCUCUUCAUCGUCCAUAUCGAGCUCAUCCGCCCCUGGGAAGUCGUCUUGGGCAGACACUGGAACAAAGCGUCUGUCCAGAGCUCUUCGGCCAGCACAAUGGCCACCUCUUCGCCGGCUGGAAAGAUUUCGACUUCCAGCAUUUGGUCAACCUCCUCGUCAUCGUCCUCAUCGUCGGCGCCGUUGGCUCCAUUGUCGGCAGGUUUCUUGGGGACGGCCGUGUUCACCGCGCCUCGGAACCCGAACCAAUUGAAGAAGCUUGGUUCAUGUUCGUCGCUUUCAUCAAGCUUCACCAUCUUGUCGCGCAGCUUCUCGUGCUGCCACAACGCCUCACGAUCGACGAGCUCGACCUGUUCCUUGCCGUUCUUCAACUUCAGCGCUUCUUCGGCAGAGUGAAGCUCCACCGCACCAUCGAGCAAACCAUGGGUGAAGUCCUUCUUUUUGUUCUUCCAUUUGAUUGGGAUAGGCUUUGAUACUAGACUGCCUGGGCCAUCUUCUCGGGGCUUGUAUUCAAAUUCUUUCACCAGUUGCUUGUCCUCGAUGAACUCAUUUUCGGCGAACUCGAAGGUAAAGCGCAGACUGCGAGGUUCACCUUUCGUUGCGGACUCGAUUUGGUGUCGGUCAACGGUAAACGACUUGAUGCAGGAAAUGAGGGCGAGAUCGUCUGGCGAGAGGAACUGCUGAACUUCUUCGGGACCGUUACCGAAUACCGUAGGCCAGAAGUCAGGCACUCGGUCGAGCAGUGCCUUGCGCUUCGUAUACAAUGGCUUCAGAGAGUACUCUUUGUUUCGGACUAGAAUGAAAUGUCAGCGCAAAGCGCAGGUUGAGCGAUCAGACUGCUCCGUACGAGCAUCGAGUUCGACUUGCGCAAAAUCCUUCUCGAGGUCACCGAGUGAUUCGAAAACAGCGCCGACGUCUUCUAGCGAACUGCUCAUUUUGCUGGCUGUAUGGCGUCGAUAACGUCUCUUGUUUUGUGAGAAGGUAUUGAGGCUGGCCGUGGCUGGCUUGUGAAGUUGUGAUGCGUCUGAGAAAAUUGUAAAAUACUGCCGGGUUAAAAGUCUAGGCGGUGAGUGGUUG